UACAUCAACUUGCUCACAGUAGUACACUUGCCUUCUCUCCACUUAGCGUUUUAAACUACGCUUGGCCAUUCGCAUUUAUGGUUUGCGUCUUGUUCUCUUUGUAGUUUAUGUAUAUCUAGAAUCAUGGGGAGAGCACCGUGUUGUGAAAAAGUGGGAUUAAAGAAGGGGAGAUGGACAGCAGAAGAGGAUGAGAUAUUGAUGAAGUAUAUUCAAACAAAUGGAGAAGGGUCAUGGAGGUCACUUCCCAAGAAUGCAGGGUUAUUGAGAUGCGGAAAGAGUUGUAGACUGCGAUGGAUAAACUACUUGAGAACUGACUUGAAGAGGGGGAGCAUAUCUCCAGAAGAGGAAGAUACCAUCAUUAAGUUGCAUGCUUCUUUGGGAAACCGGUGGUCUUUGAUAGCAAGCCAUUUACCAGGAAGAACGGAUAACGAGAUAAAGAAUUAUUGGAACUCCCAUUUGAGUAGAAAAAUUCACACUUUCUGGAGGUCUUCUGGCAAAACAGUAGGGAUCAUAUCAGCUGAUGUGGCCAAGCCUGACGCUAUUACAACCAAACGAAAAGGGGGUAGAACAAGUAGAUGGGCAAUGAAGAAGAACAAAAGUUAUAUCCAGAAAGAUAUAAGUAUUUCGACAAAGCGAAACAUCGAAAAUGUUUCGGUCGACGAAGUUAUACCCCUGCCAGCCACACUAAUCAGAGAGAAAGAGACAUGGUCUUGUGCCAACGAAGGUUGCUUGGUUUUGGAUCCUUUCGAAGAAGACGAGGAGAUUGUAAACCUGGCUUUGCCGAGUCCUUAUCGAGAGACUACUGUAGAAAAAAUGUUGGGUUCAAUUGACGAGAGAGAGAAGCAAGUAUUAUACCCUAGCGAGGACAGACCAAUUGGUAAUUCAAUGUUGUGCGCUACUGGUGAUGAGAAAGAGACUGAAAUAUUAGGACCAUAUGAAGGCAUUGAUGGUGAGAUGCUGUGUUUUAAUGACGUUAUGGACAACGGACUACUAGAUCCAAAUGGGGAUUUGACCUUGAGUGCAGAGAGAGAAAAUUGUUUAAUGGAUUUGAAUUUCAGUGGGGAGAUAGAAGAUAGAAAUUUAAGUUGUUCAAAUGGUUUGUCAGGCAGCUGGGAAGAGGCGGAGAGUAAUACUGUUAAUCUAGGUAGUUCUUCUUGUUUUGAUGAUGUUAGAAUUGACUGGGAUUGGGAAAAUGUUGUUCUAGGGCAUGAUGAGCAAUUUAAUGAAAAAGAUGAAAUUAUAACUUGGUUGUGGGAAGGAGAGAGUAACAAGUUGGAAGAUAAAGACUAUGAAAAACAAAAUGCAAUGGUUGCUUGGCUUCUUUCUUGAGGAUGUCUAUUUGGUUUUCGUUUUGUAUUAUUCGGUCGUAUGUCAUCUUUUUAAUUUAUGUUUUGCAGUUGGUAGAAGUUGAUUGGAAAAUUCUGUUAUGUCAUGAAUGAUUUUUUCUACCCAUCAAUGUCUUG